AUGGCAUUUUGCCAAUCGCAGCCUCACACAACCAGCGCUGCCCAUCAGCACCUCUCUCCAUGUGCCGUGCAACGAGUCGUCAUCCGGCUGCAACGGGCUGCUGCUACGGAGCCGCUUGCCUUGCAGCUUAAGGUAGUCUACGUGCUGAAUGAAUUGCUUUCAACCGUCAUAGCCUGCCACUACGAUGCCAGCAGUGGUGAAUUGCUCCCCACGGAUCCCGUCGAGACGGUGCCUGGCGCUGAGGGGCAAACCGAAGCGGCGGCCAUUCGCAUCUCAGGAGAUGGCAAGUUCUUGUACGUCUCCAAUCGUGGACAUGACUCCAUUACUGUGCUCAGGGUGCUGGAGGAUGGUCUCGUAGAACAUCUGGAGCCCGUGGCGCUGUGCAGCACGAGCGUUGACGAUGGGCGAAUGGUCGCCCAGUGGCCACCCAGGGAGUGCCCAAGAGAUUUCGCUCUUUGUUGCAAGGACCAGUAUCUCAUCGUGGGCAAUCAGAAUAGCGAUUCCCUGGUGGUCUUGGAGCGAAAUCCUGAGCUUGGAACCUUGAGCAAGAUAGGUGUUUCAGUCAGCUGCUCGGCGCCCGCCUGCAUCUUGCCCUUGUUCUGAGAAAAGGUG